AAAGAAAGAAAAAAAAAACUACGAACUCAUCGUCUCAACUUUCCCUCCUCCACAAUCAUUAUCGUUUUUGUUACAAUUUGUGACGAAAUGACUAAUGAAAAUGCAGAUGAAAAGUGCAUAAAUAGUAGGGAAAUUACUUAGAAUAACACACAUUUUAUGAGUAAUGACUAGAAUAACAUACCAAAACAAAGAAAGAAGAAAAAAGUGAGUUAAUGUCCAAAAUACCCAAUCAAGAAAUAUAUUUAAACAUAAUAUAACUUUUUAAUACAGAAAAUGAAAGACUCUAGAUAAAGUAGAAGCUUUGGUUGAACAAAAAAGGUAAAAAAAAAAAACAUUUUCUCCCCCACGACACUUUCUCUUUCCCGUGACCCUCCUCCCCAAGAACCCUAAAUCCCCAAAUUGUGUAAUCCUCAAAAUUUCGAUUCACUUUCUUAUUAAGAUGAUUCCUCAUCGAUUGGGUCAUGUCGACACUCUACUCUACCACUAAAAGCCUUCGAUUCCUCAUCCACUCGGCCGACGAACCCUAAAUCCCCUUUCUAAAGUUCAAAGUUUCGUCGAAGGUCGUAGCUUUAUUUACGUUUUCUCAGUUGUUUCUUUAGAUACAACCUCAUCUCCUCUUGAAGCUAUUCAAUUGACCAAGAAAUCGUGGCAUCAAGAGAUAUGACUACAUCAAGCACCCACAAAAAAUAUCCAGAAAGACUUUAUGAAGAGGGAAAAUGUCCACUGCAAUAUCGAUCAAUGAAUCAUAACUGUCACUUGGCUGGUUUGCAGAUGGUGGAGGAAUCUGUUGGUUUGGAUGCGUGGGAAUCCAUUAAGGCAUCUUCUGUUGGAGUUAUUAUAAGGUUGAAAGAGAUGGAUUAUACAUGGUCAGCCCAAGUCGUUCACCAUUUGCUGGCAAACCAACUGGUCGUGGAUAAUCUUCAUGAGCUAUGGUCUGCAAUAGAAGGACAGCCAAUCAGGUUUUCGCUAUAUGAGUUUGGUGAAAUAACAGGUUUGAAUUGCGACCCUUUCGACAUUAAUGAUAAGGUGGAGGUUGAUCAUAAGGCGUUUUGGGAAGAGAUGGGUGUGUCUCCUUCACAUGGUCCAAUGUUAUCUGAGUUGCGCGAAUUGUUUCCUCGCAUUAGGAAUUGGUCAUUUGAGAAGAGAAGAAUGAUUGGCUGGCUUUGUGUCUUAUCGAUUGGCAUAUUAGGCAUCUCUCCUGGUAGCAGAAUUCCUUUAGAAGAAGCGAAGAGAGUCCUAGACGCAGAAGCUUUUGAAAGAUAUCCUUGGGGGCGUGUCGGAUUUUCCAGCCUCGUUAAUUCAGUUAAGCUUGUUUCAUAUGAAGGAAAGAAGAAAUAUACACUUCGUGGAUGUGUUCAUGCUCUUCUCAUCUGGGUGUAUGAAUCAAUACCUGGCAUUGGGCAUGAAUAUGGGAACCAUAUUGAGGGUAACCAAGUUCCUCUUCUCUCUUGGUCUGCAUCCCGUCCCCGUAUACAGUGGGAUUUGUUUUAUAAAAAAGAGAAAAAAGCUCACCAGAAGGUGCGUGUCAGACAUCUCAUUGUUAAGGCAGAAUCGGACAUAUAUCCUCAAUGGGAUGAUGACAAGGUUGAUGAUGAUCUUCAUAACUUGAUUUUAGACAUUCUACAUGACCAGCUUGAUGAUAAGUACUGGAGCUUGAAGGCAACUAAUGAACCAGUAGCAAUCAAAAAGCAAAGGAAUUUAGUGACUGAAGAAGAUCAUUGCAUGAAGAAAAAAAAUUCAGCGAAGAGGAAAAUCACAGACUGUGGAUCCAGCCUUAACUCAGGUGGAGAUGAUGGAUUCAGGCAUGAUCUAAUGGAAGCAGUGAAGACAUUGACUGCAACGGUUCAAAAUGUGGACACAGUUGUUGCUGAGAAGGUGUUGACUACAUUAGACACAAAGAUUGAAGCAAAAGUAAAUGCAAGAGUUGCUCAAGCCGAGCAGGUACUUGGCAGUCAAAUCUUAGCAUUACAAGAACAAGUUGCUAAAAUUACAGAGCAGAUGCAAGAAACUGCCCCCAAAAAUGAUGGACACAUUGUAAACCAAGAAGAUGAAGUCAACAGCAAUGAUCCGUCAUGGAUGGUCCAAGACAAGACACCAUUUGAUGUAGAUGCGGCAGUGCAGUGUGUGGUUAGAAAGAAAGCCAAGAAAUCCGAGGUCAAGCUAACGUCUCCUAUUCUACUUGACACUGUUGGAGGGAAGGUUACUAGAAAAAAUCAAGUAAAAGAACCUGCUGGAGGUUUGAUAAACGUUAAGAAGGAGAAGAAUGCAGUUCCACAACUUAGAGAUUCUGCUGAAACAUGGUCUGAUUUAGAAGAUAAGCAAAAAUAUGACAUCCUAGGUACCACGUUAGACCAGUUAGCGGCAUCACUUUUAGAAGGACCUUUGCAUAAACGCAAGCCACAACUGACUAAGACUCAAGUGUAUCCAUAUGUUGGUAACUCAACUGUGAAGAGGAUCAUAACAGGCGAUUCUGAGAGUAUAGCCGACUGUGAUCCCUUAACUAAAGUUGAGGAGGCAAAAUUUCAGAAGCUAAUGGAUUAUCUACGAAGUAUUGCUGGUGAUAACGAUGUAGACACUCACUUCUACAUGAAGCUAAUAACGCCAAGAAAACUCUGGAAAACAGAUGAGUGUGGGUGGCUAACAGAUUCUCAUAUGGCAUCUGCAAUGCUUAUGUUUCAUAAAAGAUCUAUGAGGAACCCUUCACCAUACUCAUCAAGGAUAGCUUUUCUUGACCACUGGUUUGUCAAUACGUGGGUCAGAGACUACAAGAAAUACGAUCCUAAGACAUGGAAGUUCUCAGAUACGUACAAGAAGGUCUUCAAUGGCAAUUAUCCUGAAGAGUUUUCCAACAACAGAAAGUGGCUGAAGGAUGUUGAUCGGUUGUUUCUUUGCCACUUGAUCAAUGGUAACCACUGGGUCGCUUUAGAAGUGGAUCUUGACAAGAAAAUAAUUCAUGUCUACGACAGCAUACAGACAGUUGUCCCGAGCAUCACAGAUCUUCUAGAAGAGUGUCGUCCUUUCACGAAGAUGAUUCCGUUAUUGCUGAAUGAAAUGGUUCCAGAAAGAAAGAAGAGUUCACAACAGUUCAGGAUUUCAAGACCUAAAAGUGUGCCUAAGAAUGAAGCCCCUGGGGAUUGUGGUGUUUACGCUCUGAAGUAUAUAGAGUGUAAGGCAGUUGGCUGUGGUUUUGAAGGACUUUCUGACCAGUGCAUUCCGGCAAUGCGUAUUAAGUUAGCUGCUGAGAUCUAUGAUGAGGUCUCGGGUCUGUAGUAUUUUCAUGUUUUCGGAUUAGUUAUCUACUUACAACCGGCAAGUUUCCCUGUGAAAGUAUGUUUGCAACAUUAGUUUCGUGUUCAUAAAAUAUUCAUGUGUUAUAGGAACUCAAGUGUACCUCUAAAAGCUUCUCAACUCCACGAGUUAGAAUUGUUUUCAUCAAAUA